AAUCUUCAUCUUCCCAUCGACCUGCCGAUUGCGCCAGCUUGCUGCUCUCCACCGGCACCCCAAGCCCGGACGGGGCUGCGAUCCCCCCCGGCGUGCAGCAAGGCGGCAGCCCCAAAUGGCAAGUGCCCCGUUUCCCACCUCCUCAAGACCCGUGUUUAACACUAGAUGGUGGUAUCUUCAUGAAGCUUCGGCCUGAGGAUGAGCAGCUGUUAGUAACAGCACAAAAACUCCCCGGAAAAACCAGGUGAGAUAUUGGUGGUGUGAAAGAGCUGCUCAAAGCCCCUUCAGGGAUGAUGUGACAGGUACGAGCUCUUCGGCAGGGGAUUCCUGGGCUUGCAAGGAAGGGCACAAGCAUCCCCCAAACCCCCCGUGCACCCCGGGAGAGGCUGCAGUCGAGAUGCGCAGGAGGGAGACGUGGAAAACCCCAGCGGCUUCUCCAGGAUGCCAGAGGGACAAGCCCUGGGCGGGUUUUAAUCACCCAGCUGAGGAUUUUGCCUUGGCUCCUGCACCGUACGAAGGAUUUGGGAGAUUUGACCUGAGGCAGAAGCUAAAUUUAAACGCUGGGUUUGCACAGUGGCUGCCUGUAAUUCACUGCUGCUUUGUUUCCUGCCUUGCCACCGUGCAGAGGUUUCGCUCUGAGCACAAAAACUGAAGGGGAAAUUCCCUACCCCAAAGUUUGCUGCUGCUGAACUUUUUUCAGCUGCGACUCGCCGAGCCCGAUGUCGCGCCGCGGCCACCCAGCCGGGAGAAGGAGGGCCCCCCGCCAGAGUGCGAUGGAGAUGGAAGAAAUAUUCCUCCAGCUCUGUGAGGAGGUCGCCAGGCUGCAGGACCUGUGCGUCAAGCAGGGCAAGCUCCUCCAGAAGCUGACCGCCAGGAAGGGACCCGUCCUCGAUAUCCCUGUGUCGCUGCCGAUCCAGUGCACGGAGGACAUGGUCACAGAGGAAGGGGAAGGGCCACCAGCCAGCCGCCAGAAAUGCUCAGAGGCCCCGGCGUGCGCUGCCUCCAACCCGGAGGGCUCUGCUCAUCCCCUGGCGCAGCCGCACGCUGCCGACACAGCGCCCGGCUUCGAUGGCGAGUACCCGCCAAGCACCGCCAGCGGCAGCGUCUGCGGCGGUGGGACCGGAGGAGCAGCUCUUGCUGUAGCUUUUGGCAGUAACAAGGCAGAGAGGAGCGAGAAGGUGGAUGUAGGGACGUGGCUGAAAACCUGUAGGAUGCUUCCUACCGUGAAAAUCCCCAAGGAAGAAGUGAAAGCUUGCUGCAGCCCGCAGGAGCUGGCUGCACCGCACCCAAUUGUCAUGGACUCCUUCCUGACUCUUCUGGACCUCUAUGAAGCCCCAGAAACCCUUUGGAGGGAAGAUGCUCCCAGUGAAGGUGCUCUGCCUGCGGAGGCUGAAGUGCCAGUAGAGAUCCGAGGACCUGUGAAGACAUCCUGGACGCCGGGCUGGAUGCUGGAGGAUGGUACGCUCGGGCAAGGCGCCGUCCUUGCCGCCGAGGACGCUCAGGCUUGCGACAUUUGCCAGGAGAUUUUCCCAUCGGACGCGGCGGGCCAAGCGGACUAUUUAAAGCACAUCUUAGCCCAUAUGAAGUAGGACUUGCCUUCACAAUCACAAAUCCACAUGUUUGCACCUUGGCCAACGUGACGGGCUCUGGACCUUCAGGAGAUCCUGCCGCUGGCUUUGACCGGGGCCAGCUCAGGUGGCAGUCCUCUUCCGUGGAAUCCAGCGUGCUCCCACACUCGGUCCCUGAAGCACUGCUUGAUGGGCUGGUUGAGGGCUCUGGGUGUGUUUUGGCUUGUUGAGCUUCGUGGAUAUCGAAGCAGCUUCUGUCCUGGGGUAUGGACUUGUGUGGGGCUGAGCAGGGGAGCUGUAACUCAACGGGAAAUGGAAAUAUUUCAGGAUUCACCUUUAAAUGGGUAGAAAUGUAUUUUCCAUGAAUAGUUGAAAAGUCACAUUGGCUUUUUCCAAGAACAUGGAAGGUUGCGGGGGAGAAUCGCAAGGGUUUCAUGGUCACUAAACCAGAACUGGCCUUUAGAGAGAGGCUCAGUGGCGCGAUGAUGGGGACUGGAUCGCGCCUUCCAAAUGCAUUCCCGGGAGGGGCAUAAUGGAGGGCUCUUCUCCCUCCUCUUAUAAUCCCCUGAGCUCCAGCUCAGUGAGUUUAUGGGAGUUUAAUUGAUCCCUCCACAGGUGGGAAGAGAUUUAUCAGCACCCAUCGGCAUGGGGUCGCCUCUCCCGGCUUGGGUCCCGUGGUGUUUAGUGUGGGGCGGAGCAGAAAGGGGCACCUCCAGCGCAGGGAUGCGCCCGACACGUGUGUUAUUGUCCCGUCUUUCUAGUUAGUCUCUUGGGGAAAAUAUCUU